GCCUGUCAGCGGGGAUGGAGUCUUUCGCCUAGCUCCUCCCACCCGGCCGCUACGGAGUUUGCGCACCGGCCGCCGGUAGCCGCUGGAGAAAGCCACGGCAAAUCCAGCUGCUCUUAGCGGGCGCUUUGACGAAGGAGGCUGAUUGGUUCGCGCCGUCCGUGACGCGGAAGCUUUGCCUGACCAAAGAGGAGGCGCUUUCUUCGGCGACGGGUCUUACGCGAGGCCCCGGCUUGAGGCCUGUGCGGAAGGGUCACGUUGCUGAAAAUGUGUAGUGUGGUCCAAGUCUCCUUGAAACUACAAAGACUCCAAAAGACAAGAGGGCAAUCAAGCAGGUGACCUCCGUUGGCUUCCAAGUGCUUUGGACCUAUUAGAAGCUCCCACUAGCCUAAUGCCAUGAAUGUUGAGGCGGACAAUGGGGAAGAAAAAGCUGUCCAUUCCUGGUCAAGGAUCUCCUCUGCAGGACAGAAAGCCUUGGAAGAAGCUCUUAGAGUGUUCAACCCUAUGUCGAAGGACCUGUCUGACACAGAGACCCAGCUGGUAGCUUUUCUUCAAGGCCUCAGAGAAGAAGGCUACCAGCCCACAAUCCUAAGGAGUAAAGACGUGUAUGGAUACAGCUCAUGUACAGCCAAUAUGCCCAACCAGAAAAAAGGCAACACUCAGGACACUGCUGCUACUAUUUCAGAGUCUGCUAAGGCUCCAGCCCGAAGCAUAGCAACAAUGGCAGAAGUAUCUGCCCCCUUAGCAGGCUUUACAAUAAGUCCUUCUAAAGACCCUGCUAAGACAUUGUCCAAGAGCAGUAAUUCCACAAACCUCCUCUUGAACUCAUUGAAACGGACCCGUUCAGGCACAUCAAGAGCCUCAGCAGUGGGCUUCCCUGCUAACAUGUACCCUGGUGUCUACCCAGCCAUGAGGCUGUCUGUGGUUCUGGAAGCCUUGGUCCCACUGAAAGCCACAGCAUCCUGCUUGGAAUCCAAAUGCAAACAAGGACAUCUUGGGAUCUCUCCCUCAGACCUUAAGCUCCUCAAGGCAGCUAGUGCAUCCAGGCAACCUUCUGCACUCAAAGCCACUAAAAUCUCACCCAGUCAGUUGGACCCCAAAGCAUAUAGGCAUAUAAUACAGAAAGUGCCGGACUCCGCUGCUCUGACUGUGAGCCUUGUAAAGGGACCAAAGGGUGGGGUGUUGCAGGAAAGCAAUGCUUGCAAAGCAUCUGGAAUCCUGAAUGGCAGAAUUUCUGGAAACUCCUCCCAGAGCUGCAGCACAGGAGCUUCCAGAACUAAGGAGCCAUCAAUGGCUAAAACAGAACGGAGGGGUAGUGGCAGCCAUCAGGAGACUGUCGGGCAGAAAAGGAAAAGAGUGGAGGAGGACAAAGAGUUGCCCUGCAGGAAGGAACCCAAUUCUGUUCCAUCCCCCAAUAAACAGGAAAGGGCUUCGAAGACACUGAACCUGCUGAAAUUCCGGGCCAUCAAGGUGAACAGCUCUUCUGAUGAUGAAUUGAGAAGGAGGGCACAGAAGAUCCUUAGAGUUAAUCUGUCUCCUGUUAUCCGAAUUCAGCCAUUGCCACACGCUCACAGCGUCCCUUGAGAUCGCCUAGUUAAAUUGGAGCCACAGAGCCAGUGUAUGAGGAUGCUCAGACCAACCUCAGGUUUCUUGGGCUCAAUGAGGAUGUAUAUGUCUGCAGUCCUCAGGCAGCUGGUCCUCAGGCCGUAGCUAGCAGCUGGGGAAAGUUCUGCAGAACUGGGCAACUGCUGGAUUAUAAAACCGUGUAGAAAUAUUGAAGGAGGUCUCCAAGGCCCCAUUGAGAGGAAUACAGAGCAGAGCACUGGCUUUCCUCUGGGACACAUCUCUACGGUGCUUUUGUAAACAUGACAGAGUGCAUGUCUGGGAUGUGGCAGCACUUGGAAUAUUGCUGUACUGUGAUUUUUCUUUUCUUUUUCAAUCUGUAAAUCUACUUGGUUCAUUUUGAUCAUAUUUUAUAUACUUAUAAUUAAAUAUAAAUAUCUAUUGA